AUGGGAUUUGCAUCCCGGUAUCUCCGCAUUCCGCGGCCAGAGACCUUUCUCUAUGUGAUGAGCCUGGAGACUGGUGCGUCCCUCAUCACGCUCUCGCUGCUCCUCAACAAGAUCAGCGGCCUCUAUGGCCUCCUCGCGCUCUUGACAGGCUAUCACCUGUCCCCGGUCCAAUUGUCCAUGUAUCUCUACUCCCUCAUCGCCCUUGCCUUGACCGCGAUUCUGUUCCCUCAUAUCCGUAAACAAUCGCCUCUGGAAUGCCUCGCCCUGGCCUGGUUGUACCUGCUGGACAGUCUGAUCAACGCCGCCUUCACGGCCACCUUUGGGGUUACCUGGUUCCUGGUGGUGUCUCAACAUUACGACAGUGGCAAGGUUUCCGGACCGGGCAGUGAGACCAUCGCACAAACCGCGGGAUUCACCAGCCCCAAAUACGAUGCCGCGUACGUCGAGAUUCAAAACACCAAGGAAGGGAACAAAUUUAUCGCUCAUCCGCCCCGUGGAGUCGACCCUCUGAGCAACGCCGUUGAUCAGCCGGAGAGCUUCCAGAGCAUCAUCUUCAUCUGCAUUCUGUGGCUCAUCCGUGUCUACUUUGUCCUGGUCAUGCUCUCAUUCGCGCGGCAGACCCUUCGCCUCUGGGUGGUCACACCCCGCCACACCCAAUUGCCCACGCACAGCCGAAAUGUCUCCAUCGCCAGCGUUGCGGACAUUGAUCGGGAGCCAUUUUCCGCCAUUAGCCCCGAAGGCCAGGGCUGGAAAGGCAAGCUGGGUCGGAUCAUGAUCGGGAUCGGUCGCAGUUACUGGCUGGGAGAAGAGGAAGAGGGCAACUGGCUGGGCAAUCUGGGUCAGAAACUGCGCGCCCGUCAAAGCCACGCCAGCCCCACGGACGAGUUGCCCGGUCCCUUGGAACGCGAGCGAAGACGUCGUUCGGGCACGGGUCCCCCUCAGCCGUCUCCGUCCAUUGUUCGCGGGGCUCAAUUCCCGCAGACCAUUCAUGAGCAUGCUCCUGGUAUGAAUGUCAAGAUGCAAGAUUGGACGGAGCCCCGUUAG